ACAAAUUUAAGCAUUUGGGUGCACCUUAUAAACACUGUUGACGUUUAGUAUUGAAUGGUCGUUGGAUUCCAGUUUUUCGCGUUGAUUUCGGUUUAGUUGAAUUAAAAGAAACACGACAUUAAAAAUGAAUCAAGGUCAAGGCAACGUGCACUUUAACGUGCCAAAUAACUUUUCACCUGCCCAUAUGUCACAACAAUCACAGCAAGGUGGCAUGAUGCAUUUGCCACAGCACUCACCUAUGGGCCAACAACAGCAAAACAUACCCCAGCAAAUGAUGCAGCAGUCUCAGCCACAGUUAAUGCAACAACAACUCACAGCGCAACAGCAGCAACUGCAGCAGCAACAACAAGUAGAACCACAUGUUACAUUGAUUAUAUACAUUAAUGAAAUUUUCCCCAUUAUAAUGUUUGUAGGUCAGGAUAUGUUGUUACCACAAUCUCAAAUGAUGCAACAAUCUCAGCCUCAGUUAAUGCAACAACAACUGAUGGCACAGCAGCAGCAAUUACAACAGCAGCAGCUACAACAGCAACAGCAACAAGGCUUCCAACACUCCCCUGCUCCCCAGAUGCAACAACAACGUUAUUUACAACAGCAUCAGCAGCAACAAGGAAAUAUUUUUCAACAUCCCCAACAGCACUCACCUGCCCCUCAGCAGGGAAAUGCAUCAUCUGUGAUGCAACAGCAGCCAUUUCUUCAGCAACAACAACAGCAUCCACAAAUGCAUCAGCAACAACAACAACAACUACAACAGCCCCAGCAACAUCCACAGCAACAGCCUCAGCAGCAACCUCAGCAACAGCCCCAGCAACAACCCCAAAAAGAUUUUAAUCCUGCUUCUCUUUGCCGAAUAGGCCAGGAAACAGUGCAAGAACUUGUAUCCAGAGUACAAGAAUGCCUUCAACACCUUAAGAAUCUUCAACCUCCUAAUGGGUCAGCACAGAGCACAUCAUUGGCAGUUGACAAGAAAAACAAGCUAGAUGACCAACUAAAGAUGGUCAAAGUAUUGUUCAAACGGCUCAGAAUAAUCUAUAACAAAUGCAACGAAAACAGUCAAGAACUGGACGCAUUUCCGUUGGAUACGAUGAUCCCCACCCAAAGCAACUUGGUCGAUUGGAAGUACGCAGAUAGAACAAAAUCGGAGCAAUAUCUGGCAGCUGUCGAGGAAAAAAAAGAACUCUACGAACAAAUUGCUGUAAAAAAUCGCCACCUUCAAGAUAUCAUGGAAUAUAUGAGAAGCAUCAUAUGGGAAAUUAAUACUAUGCUUAUGAUGAGACGUCCAUAAAGAUAUGUGUAAUUGUGGUACGAGCUUUUGGUGUGUAAUAACGAUAAUAAAUUUUCAGAAAUGGAA